CCGCCCCUCCUCCGCUCCGCUUGCAGCAGCGGUUUCUCAAUCGUCGGUCCAAUUGCAAUAUUAGUGGAGAGACCGGGCGAUGUGGCCGGGGAAGUGGUAGGGCUUGGAACCCAGGAAAAAGGUUCAGGAAGUCGGAGAGUUAGGGGGCCAAGAAGGCAGCCGCCGCCGCUGCUGCUGCCAUUACUCGGUACAGGGUGAGAGCAGCGUGAUCUCCGAAGAUGCCAUAGAAGGUUUUUCUUUCCAGUGCAACUCCUGGACAUGUUCACAGUACAAGCCUUUUGGGGGUCCUCAUGUUGCUUUAAAUAAAAAUCUUCAUUGUCACAUGGUGUAAGGUGAGAGAUUUUCUUUCUGAGAAGGAGGCUGGCUCUUCUAACAGCACACCAAUAACCAGGCUCUUGUGCAAGAAGCAUAAAAGGGGAGUUGGAGAGAUUAAGAGGGCCAAUUGCGAGAUAUUAAUCAAGCUCUUCAUAACUAUCUGGAACCUCAUGAAAGCACGGUCUUCCUGACAGAGUAAGAGCAUACCACUCUGCAAUAGAGAAGAAAUACUUCGGGGAAUUCUAUUUUUCAAUUCUCUGAUCUUUCAAAUUUUCUGGAUAAUAAAGACUGGCUGGGAAGAUGAAUUGAGAGUUUAGACUAUUUUUAUUUUGUUUCAUUUUUUGAAAAGCUAAAGCCCAAAUUUAUCCCAAACUGUUUUUAAAAGACUCUUAAUUCACAAAGUUCCUUUCUGAAGAAUCCUUUUCCUGUCAGCUGUAAAGGCCAGCUGAACUAUUCUUGGCUGUUGCCAUAAGAGCUGAGGCUAAAAUAAGGAGGACACGAAUUUGAGAAGAUGAUGCUCUAGAAAGCCACAAGCCAAAGAAGCUAAGAACUGGAUCGUUUUAUCUUGUUUAAGGAGCGUGCCCCAAGGAUUCUUGCCUGGGGAGAGGGAAAGUGAACUCGAGUGGCUUUGACCUCUCUUGAAAUUGUUGUGGUUUCUCUGCUGGCUCUGUGGCUGGCGUCUCCAGUUCUGAAUUGUGCUUGAUGGGGAGUCUUGCUAGGGGAGCUGACCUUGCAGCUAAGGACAGAAUUCUGGACCUGAGGAGAGUGGCAUCCAUAUGCCAAAAGACACAUUGUCUUAACCUCCGAACCAAAGGGUUUUUUCCUAACAGUUGUCCUCUGUAGUAUAUUGAGAGGUGGAGAAAGGCCACACAAUCUUGCAACAUGACAUCCAAGCUGGAACAAAAGGAGGCUCAUCCCCCCAAUGGAGUAGUGCUACCCAUUGUUGUUGGCCCUAUAGACUGCCUCUCCAGCCCUGACCGGGAGCAUCUUGUUGAAUCUUCUGAAUUCUUAGGACCUGAAGACAAAAGAGGAGUGGAGGUGGUGGUGGUAGAAUUACGGGCCAAUGCCAAAGGAGUACGUGAGGAGGAUGCCCUGUUGGAAAAUGGCAGUCAGACUACUGAGAGCGAUGAUACCAGCACAGACCGGGGCCCAGAACCAACCUCUCUUCUCAAAGAAACCUCCUUCUCCAUUGGCUUGCAAGUUCUCUUUCCUUUCCUGCUGGCAGGAUUUGGGACAGUUGCAGCUGGGAUGGUGCUGGACAUUGUGCAGCACUGGGAUGUCUUCAAAUAUGUGACUGAAGUAUUCAUCUUGGUUCCAGCGCUCCUGGGACUGAAGGGCAACUUGGAGAUGACAUUAGCUUCUCGACUUUCUACAGCUGCUAAUAUUGGACAAAUGGACACUCCCAAAGAACUCUGGAAGAUGAUAACAGGGAACAUGGCUCUAAUACAGGUUCAAGCAACAGUGGUUGGUUUUCUGGCCUCAAUAGCUGCAGUGGUGUUUGGCUGGAUUCCAGAUGGACACUUCAGCAUCGGCCAUGCCAUUCUUCUUUGUGCUAGCAGUGUGGCCACAGCCUUCAUAGCCUCCCUUGUCCUGGGCAUGAUCAUGAUAGGUGUGAUCAUUGGCUCCAGAAAGAUGGGCAUCAACCCUGACAAUGUGGCUACACCUAUUGCUGCCAGUCUUGGCGACCUCAUCACCUUGGCUCUCCUCUCUGGCAUCAGUUGGGGUCUCUACAUAGAACUGGAGGACAAGCCUUAUGUGAAUCCUUUGGUGUGUGCUUUCUUUAUUGCACUGCUUCCCCUUUGGAUCAUCAUUGCCAGGAGGAAUCCAGCAGCCCGGGAGGUCCUUUACUCUGGCUGGGAACCAGUUAUUAUUGCCAUGGCCAUUAGCAGUGUUGGAGGAUUGAUAUUGGGGAAAACAGUGUCAGAUCCAAAUUUUGCGGGGAUGGCAGUCUUUACUCCAGUCAUAAAUGGUGUUGGUGGAAAUCUGGUUGCUGUCCAGGCUAGUCGCAUCUCCACUUAUCUCCACAUGGGUGGGGUGCCUGGAGAGAGUCCAGAAACAAUUUCCCGGAAAUGCCCAAGUCCUUGCAGCACUUUCUUCAACUCAGAUUUGAAUUCCCGGUCUGCUCGGGUGCUCUUUCUCCUGGUGGUUCCUGGCCAUUUAGUUUUCCUUUAUACGAUCAGCUCCAUGAGGGCUGGCCACACAACACUCACCUUGAUCUUUAUAGUUUUCUACAUGACUGCGGCACUUCUCCAGGUUCUCAUCCUUCUUUACAUUGCUGACUGGAUGGUCCACUGGAUGUGGGGCAGAGGGCUUGAUCCUGACAACUUUUCCAUACCGUAUUUAACAGCACUAGGUGACUUGCUUGGGACUGGUCUCCUGGCACUCAGCUUCCAUAUCCUCUGGCUCAUUGGGGACAGGGACACUGACGUGGGGGACUAAACCCACCAUUCCUUGGCUUCUCCGCUCCCCAGCUUGUCUCCUUCAGUGACAUUCCCCCUACAUCUUUCCACAAAACGUUUCUCCCAUCCUGUGUCUCUUUGGGACUUCAACUUUGAUACUGGAUUCUCAUUAUUUUCAAUGGGAAUUUUAUGUGGUUUAUAUUUCAAGCCAAGUUUGUACAGAAAAAAAAAUGUUUUAGGAAGGUUGAAAAAAAUGUGUAAAGACAAUCACCAAGUGCAAUUUCAUAAUGGUUAAAAUCUGAACUGUAGGGUAUAAUAGAAAAUGGUUGAUCAACAGAUUUUAAUGAAAUCUCACUUUCCUCAUUCAGCACCCACUCAGAGCACUAGAUAUAAAGGGCCAUGUGCGCGCGCGAAUGUUUAAGAUGCAAUUCAGGUUUGCUUUAUUAUUCAGCUAGGCACAAGGAUUCCUCACUUGUUGUCACAAUUCAGUUCUGAAAUAGAUUAAAUAUUUUGGGCACCCACCCCCUGUCUGUACUAGUAAUUGGUCCGACUUUAUCACAGGCAAGCCUUCCUGGCCUUGGAAAAGUCACGGCAAAUUAGGGUAACAAAAUCAAAGCUAAUUGUGUUGGGUUGCAUCCUGCUCCAUGCUGCCAGAUGUGAGUGCUUCCUAGCUCUUGAAAGAAGGGAAGUCUAUCUGAAAUAAUCGUUAACUAUCAUUCCAAAUUCAUUCUCUGCUAUUGAGGCUAGGAAAGCACGGCAUAAGAGGAAAUGCUGGCCCUGUGCCUGGCCCUUUUAUGUUGGCUGUUCUUUGCUGCACAUUGUGAAGUAACUGUUUUAUGUUACAGUCCUCGUUUACCAUAUCCUGAAGAGACUGACAGUUGUGAGGUUUGUUCCUGCUAUAUGGCACCUAUAUCUCUUACCAAAACAAGUGGCAAUUUUUUAAACAAAGGCUGACACAAAGUAAAGUAUACCUCUAACUGCCCUUCUCUCUAACAGAGAAUUUGAUUUUCUCCCUACUGCUUUACAUUGAACUAUCAUGGAUGCUUACCUCACCUAUUGCCUUUAAAACCUGUUGCCUCAUCCAUGCUGCUUUGGCUGUUCUGUAAAUGGAUCUGUAAAAAGGUUAACUGAUUGUGUUAAUACUGUCAACGUUUCUGAAUUUUAAAUUCCUGGGGUAACUGGGAUGAUGAAAUUUCUGAUGGUGGGCCAUGCUGCCAUGAUUUGAAGUCUACUAUGGUUGCUUUGCCUCCCUCAAGGUCUAGAGAAAUCAACACAAGAUUUUGAGGAUAAUCUCAAAUUGGAUAUCUGUUGGAUACUCCUCAGUAUCAGCUCAAUGGACAGUCUCAUCCAUAUCUUCCAUUCAUAGUAAUAGUUGUUUUGUAAUGGAAAGCCUCCAUACAAUCUGGUUUUUGAGAUUCUUCACUUGUAUGCUUAUUUGCCAGGCAGGUUAGCCUAGGCUCCUUUACAUUGCCCAGUCUACAUUUUGAUAUCAUAAAAAAUGACAUGUACAGGCACGAAGCAGUACAUGACAACAAGAGACAUCUCAUUUUCCAAAGACCAUGUUUUUGCUUGUCUACAGCCCAGAUGUUUUAUUAUAUUGAAAUAAAUUGUUCUAUUUUAUAACUACAAAUGUA